AACAUAUGAGCUGCAAAGGUGUUGGAGUAGAGCAAGCACGCGAGCAGAUAUUUCAAGACCAACCGAGCUCUUGAGUCUCAAAAGCUAAAGGAUAUCGAAAAGAAGGAAGAAGAACAAGAAGUGGGCCGACGUGAGAAAACAUCGACUUUUCCACCGGUGGACUUUUCGGAUGUUCCGGGUGGCUUGGUGCGGCGUUCGGUCCCUGGUCCGAAUAUUAAUAACCCAGCUUUCUACGAUGUUUAGGAUCGUUUAUCUCGUUUGAGAUUGUGUCGAUAUUAUUGUACAGUAUGUUGCACGAUCGAUGUUGCCUGCAAGUAUUUUGUAGUAUUAUCCGCAAAUUCCGCAGUCGUUGCCUUUCUUCUUCCCCUUGCGAACACUACAUCCAAGAGGUCUGUCUUCGGCAAUGUGGGGGUUAUGUACAGGCGCAAGUCAGUAGCAGUUACUUGUCCUUCUUGGUACUGCAGGCUGCUGGGUGGACUGUUUUUUAGCACGGCUGCGGCCUAGUACGAUGAGCAAAUUGAUCAAUUGCUGGCACUGCAUGUUCUUACUGCCAUGCCAUGUGUUGUAUUGGACGCUUAAAUGAGAUAUAUAGCUCCCAAUGAAGGGAGCGGCAGGUAGUAUGUAACGAUUAACCGCUGGGGGGGGGAUCGGAAGAAUUUCCAUCCUGUGCCUGCUGCUUCAUCCCUUCGAUAAGAGGUGGUGAUUUUACCUUACACUCUUGGCCGGUGUCGGCAUCAUGAAGUGUUGUCUCCUUUGUCAACUUCAAGCCAUUGAAAUCAACACAAAGGAUGCAUCGCCUUGUAUAAUGACCCAUCACCUUGUCGGUAUUAAUAUAUGAGUGGGAGGGGGCUUACUUGUAGUUCUCGCUGAGACGCAACCAGCUACUUUCCCCCUAUAGUGAUUCCCAUGCAGGUGAGUCAAAUCUACUGUCCCUUCUAAUGUCAAAACAGGCCUUCUCUAUAGUUGGCUUAUGGUGGCGUAUGAUGCCCCCUACAGGACACUGUACAGCAUUAGCUUGAAUGUCAGCUUUUGGUCACCACCUGGAUAGUAUCGGAGGCAAAGGGUAUGACAUUGCCAGGAAAUCUAUUCACUUUCGAUUCUAUUGGCUACACGCAUCCGGUGGAUGGCUCGCAUCCGUCAUACUCCAUUUGACUGAUCUCACAGGGCUAUGGGAGUUUGUAUUUGCUUCAAUCUUGUUCGUGAUUGCUUGGACGACCUUGAGGAUGCAGCAAGUUGAGAUUUCUCUGGUACUCGGCUUCAUCUUCGAUCUCGCAAUCCCUUUGCAAUAUCACUUUCACCCGACAUUUUCCGAGAAACAUGCUCAGCAUCUUGAGCACUACUGGCCCCUCUUCAUCUUCGGUACCAUGAUUGAAUUCGUCGCCUUCUUACUCGUGCAUCCUGAUCUCUUCACCCUGGUGGUAUGUUUGAAGACGACGGCCUUGUUAGGGAUUUGGCUUGGGAGGGACGAUAAAGGUGGCUUUCUUACCAUCAAACUGAGAGGAAGGGGAAUACCUCUUGAAGAUAUCGGUUCGGUACCCGUUAUCAGCAGUAACUCCAGAGAGAAGAGGGAAGUUAAACCCAAAGGCGGUGGUACUGUUGGAGAACCAAGUGAGGGAAGAAAAGCCGCAGAAAUGAGAAAACAAGAAGAACCCAAAGAUGAUGAAAGCGAAGAACCCAAGACAACAUCAAAAGGCAAGGAAAAUAAACCAGAUAAAGACAAAUUUAAGCCAGGUUCCAGGAGCAAGAAGGAAAAGAAAAAUGAUAAAGAACAGAAGGAGAAGCGAACAGAAAAAGAGAACAAUCCAAUUUCUAAAAGCUCAGAGUCAUCCUCCGCAAUCCCUUCGUCGACAUUCAGCACUUCAUCUCCAUCCUCUGCUAACGACAACUUGGACAAAAAUCCACAAACGUCAAGUACACCGUCCCUUACUGUCAGGAGCACCCCAUUAAUCACCAAUAGUUCACCGGAAGCUCCAUCUACUACUUCAUUGGCCUGCAGCGCAGAGUCAACUCCUAGUCAACAGGAGUCAGAAACCGCAACUCCAUCCAUGCUGCCCAGCUCACCUGAACAGUCAUCCACGUCAUUAUGCGGCGACAGAGCUCUCAAAACAGAAAAAAUCAGUGGGGCUAGUGAAAUUGCAAUUGGAGGCAAUGAAGGGGGAGAAAAGGGGAGGGGGAAGAAUAGAUACGAUUCAAAGAGAUUCAAGGGUAACCUUAUGCCUAUUCGGAAGAAGGUGCACUCUGGACCAGGGGGUAUUUGGCAAGAGAAUGAAUCCAAAAAUCCGAGUACAGCCAGUGGUAGUAGCGAAGGGGGAGACGGGAAUGGGAGGAACAGGCAUGACCCUAAAGGGUUUAAGGAAAAUCUCAUGCCAAUCCGUAAGCAAGCGCGCCCCAAACCAAGCUUUGGUCGGCAAAGAUAGUAAUAAGUCCGCCGGGCUAGCGUUAUAGUCUGUGGCAUUUAUUAUCCAACGUGGCUGUUGUAUGGAAAGUAAAGUCAAUGAACAACCCAAGAAAAACCUUCUUACGCACCGUUGCAUCGUGUUUUCCGUUAUACAGUUACGAAUAUGCUGUGACCUACGCUAUGCUACAAAACGCCGGUUUCCCUGUCCUUCCCCUUCAAGCCAAUGUCCCCUCCAUGAAGCUCAAGGAUAUCGCUCUUGCUACCAGCAACAGCAGGCUCCAGAGAAGAGGCCUUAAUACUUUCCAGCUUGUCCGACUCAUCGUCAGCGCGUUUCUUCUGGCUCCACUUUUUCUCGAGCUCGUCCUCCGCUUCCUGGAUAUCGACGCCGAGGUCGUCUACUCGACCCAUACCGUAGAAACCUACUUGGUCGGGUUGAAGAGGCUGAAUAAUGUUGUUUGCGAACAAAUGCUGACGCUUCUCGAGGUCGAAAGCCCUAUAAACAUUGUCAACCCCGUCUAUGGUCUUGCAUUUGGAGAAGUAGAAUUCACCACAUUGCUGCCCCGAUUCUGUUAGAGAUGGAGAAGAACAAGCCGAUGAUGGGCACACUCUCCAAAAGGGAAGUUGCAAACCCAAAAGCCCUGUAUGCCCAUUUACGUUCCUCCACCCAUCUCCAUAUUUCGUCAUUGGACAUACCUUUCAUCUCAAAAUAGGGUCGGUGAAGAUAUUCGGCAGUUGCUAAUGACUUGAGGACGGAGGUAACGAGAGGUGAGAGGAGAGGGAGAGAGGGUGAUAAAGGAAGGAGCAGGUCUACGAUAGCGCUUUAACAGAUGAAAGUAGUCGAGGACCUGAAAUGCUUACAUUUACGCAUUACCAACUGAGUAGGCCACCACAAAAUCCAGCUGAUCCAAUUUGCAUUCCUUCGCACUCUUCGGCCAUUUUUGUCGAGCUCUCCGGUCUGAA